AUGAUGGAGGAGGGUGCCUCGUCCCGCUACAAGGGCUCGUCCCGCUACAACGCUCCGCCCCGGUACCACCCCCCGACCCACUACCACCCCCCGCCCCACUACCACCCCCCGCCCCACUACCACACCUCGUCCCACUACAACGCCUCGUCCCACUACAACUCCCCGCCCUACUACUACGCCCCGCCGCAGUACUACUCCCCGCCGCACUACUACUCCCCGCCGCACUACUACUCCCCGCCGCACUACUACGCCCCGCCGCACUACUACGCCCCGCCCCACUACUACGCCCCGCCCCACUACUACGCCCCGCCCUACCACAACGCCUCGGCCCACUACAACGCCUCGGCCCACUACAACGCCUCGUCGCACUACAACGCCUCGUCGCACUAGAAGGCCUCGUCCCACUACAACGCGCCGACCCACAACAACGCGUCGACCCACUACAACACCUCGUCCUACUACAACGCCUCGACCUACUACAACGCCUCGACCUACUACAACGCCUCGACCCACUACAACGCGUCGGCCCA